ACCAGUAUCGCAAGACUCGGGGACACAGUAGCACCAAGGCUCCAGCAGCGUAGUGGUCCUCACCUACGUCGCCUCUCUGCCCGCCCACCACCACCCUUAACGCUCAGGAGCCACCCACCUUCGCCCCUAAAUAGUCAGAAGCCGCCCAUCGUCUCUCAAACUUUCAAGGGCCGCCUACCGCCGCUCCGAAUCAAAGGCGGCCCACCACCGCCCACUCAGCUCAAGAGUGCCACACUUCAACACACUCUGAAGUGCCUCUUUGUCCUGGUCAUACAACACACACAGAUAGUAUACGCCACACAACCAGUUGCGAAGUAAAAUCAAGAAGCCAGUGAAUUCAAGACACUGGAUGAUAGUAAUUCAAAGUGAUCAGAUCCAAGAAUGAAAAAUCUGUAAUAUCGUAUUUCCUUCCCAGGCCUACGUUGAUUGUGUUGUGUAUCGCAGUGAGAGUGUGUGUAGGAGGUGGCAGUGGCGUGUUACACUGUGGUAAUUAUAGCCAGGCGCGUGAGCACAUCUAGCGAGCUGAAGUGUGGCUGUGUCAGAGACUCCCGCACCAAGAUGGUCCUCGACACAAAGUUCGGGAUGCGAUCCCCGGACAGGGACCCCCAGAGCGGGCAGGCCAGAGUGGCGGUCAUAGGAAGCAAAGCUGUUGGCAAGACAGCUCUUACUGUGAGGUACCUGACGAAGAGAUUCAUCGGAGAAUACCAGUCAGACACAGACAUGAUCUACCGCGCCACUAUGCCAGUCGACGGCUCCAAGAUAGCACUGGAAAUCCUCGACCUCUCCUCCAACCUGGACGAGGUGGUGGUGCCGCGGGAGACGGUGGCGUGGGCAGAGGCGUGGCUGGUGGUGUACAGCAUCACGUCGUGGGAGUCGUUCCGAGUGGGCGUGCGGGCGGUGGAGGCGGUGACCGCAGCUUGCGGCGCUGACCAGCCCAACCCGCCCGUGCUUAUCAUGGCCAACAAGAAGGAUCUGGAGCAUAUACGACAGGUCCCUGAGAGUGAGGGCAGGAAACUAGCUGACCAGUACGGCUGCAGGUUCGUCGAGGUGUCAGCUGCUGAGAUGGUGUCACAGGUGAACGACUCCAUUGAUGGGUUGCUGCGCCAGGUGUCGCAGCUCAAGGGACAGACGUCUCCUAGGCUGCGCAAGCUUAGCGUCUCUAAGAUGUUCAACCAAUUGAUGAACCUUAGCAGUGGAGGCAGCGGUCACCAGGACCACAGACCUGUCAUGCCUCGUGUCUCCCUCAGGGACAGAACCAGGAAGAGAGGUCAUAUUCGUCAGAGCUGAGGUCAGCACCUGGUGAAACGAGGAGGUCAUGUGUCUGUGUCAGCGUGCUGGAGCCACCUUCCCUGCACUUCCAGGCUCUUUCGAUCAACUCUUUAGUGUUUUCAGUCGUGCUGACAGUUUGCUAGGUGGAGUCUGACGCGAUGAUAGAUAUUUGCUAACAUUUCCUUUCUAUGUGAGAUUAUCUGCGCAGGGAAGCUGUAAUCUAGGUUCACCUAUGUUGAGACAGGGUCAGACAACAACAGAUGUUCUGUUAAACCAUUCACAAAUUCUUUGACCAUAUUAAGAAUACAGAUGAGCAGCUUCGGUAUGACGGAGACGAAUUAUUAAAUAAUUUUUUUAACACACCGGCAAUCUCUCAAUGAGGUACUGCUUGGUGAAACACUCUUUCCCUCACUGUUUUGCCAGAAUUGUGUUUGACAUCACAGUUCAGAUGACCCUCCGAACUGCCACAUCUCCGCCCCUCCGUCAGAGUGUAGGCACUGUACUUCCCACCUCCAGGACUCAACGCGUGUACACCAAAUGUAGUUAAAUUUAUAACAGUGCAAAUUUCAAAUGAGCUGUAAGUAAGGUGGGUGAUGGCGGCAGUUAUUAGUGUCUGGGAGGAGCUCAUCUUAUUGUUGCUCGAAAGAUUUUCAGAUUCACUUUACAAAUUUGUCUCUUCUGUACGGCAGUGUAUUGAAGGCUCUAGUGCAGGAUAAUAAAACUCGUGUGUGUGUUAUUUGUUUAUUUAUUUAUGUAUCUAUUUAUUUAUAUAGUCAUAUUAUAGGAUAUGAUACUUCAAAAAGCAGAAAUAAUAUUUCAUCAUACACUGAAUGGCUAUUGUCUGAUCUCAAGACUUCAUGCCCAGAGACUCUCAUGGAAGCUGUAUUUCUUGAUUAGUCAAGAGUCUUAUUGAGACAAAUGAAGGAGUGAAUAUUCUGUAGUACUUCUAUUUUAACUUUGAAUUAAACCACGAGAUAAAGGAAUAUUGCUCAAAUAUUUCUUGACAGAAACUGCAUGAACACAGUAGUAUGUUGUCUCUUACUGGAAAAUAUUACACAUGAUAUUUUUCUUGUGCAGACCUUUUUUGCAUGGAGGGCCUCCAUUUUUUUUCAAGACAAUUUCCGAUUAUAUGACUGAAAAAAAAGUCUUGUUUGUUAGAUAUUUGAUAGUUAGGGUUCCCUCUCAUGUAUAUACACUACUAUGGUUUACUUCAUUCCUAUCACCGACUUAAUAUUGACAUAUACAGCCUGAAUAAAUGAUACCCGGGCAAAUGGUGACUAUUGUUUUUUGCCAGAAGUAAAUUUGUGCUUCGUUGCUCUUGGUUAUGUUUUCGUUGUUGGCCAGAACGUACAAUGGGGAGAAAGGGAGGAUUCUGAAUGUCUCUCUUCCACUGAGUAUUCCAGGGAAGUGAAGUAUGUAACUGAAUUGUAUCUUAAAAAAGUAUGUAAUGUGUGAUGGAAAGAAAGGCAAAGUGUCCACCACCAGCCAUGGUCAAGCAGACUGUCACCCUCCGCUCACAACUGACAGAUGCUGGGGUCGAACCCCAGACGAGGUGGGACGUAUGGGCAAGUUUCUUAAGCUCUAACUUUAAGUUCUGUUUAUAUAAAGCAAUCUAAGAUUCAGUGAAUUAGAGUAUUUAUUCAAGAUUUUACAGUCACUGGAGUUUAAAGGGUGAUUUAAAGAAAAUGAAUGCUUCCGAAUUUCGGAGUAAGAUGGGUAACUUAACAAGUGUUGUCCCUUCUACCUAGCAGUAGAUAGAUUUAUGUAAGUUAGGUUACGAUUACUUGCUGUAUCCUCAGGGAGGACGUUCAUAAGGACCUCAAUGGAAUUAUAAGCCACGCUGCUUGACUUUCCUAAAUUACCCUGGCUUAUCCUAACCCUCCAGGAUUAAUAUUCCAACUCAAGUGUCCCGUGGUCUGGUAAGCAACGCUCUCGCCUCACACACGAGUGUCCGUGGCUCGAUCCCCGGCAAGGGUGAAAACACUGGGCGUGUUUCCUUACACUUACUGUCCCCUUUCACCUAGCAAGUAGGUACCCGGGUGCUAGUCGACUGGUGUGGGUAGCAUCCUGGGGGACAAGAUUGAGGACCACAAUGGAAAUAAGACAGACAAUCCCUUGAUGACUCACUGCCUUUCUUGGGUUAUCCUGGGUGGAUAACCCUCCGGGGUUAAAAAUCCGAAGAAAAUCUUAUCUACUGUGCUUCUUUCUUCCAACUCCACUGAUAUAAAAAAAACGAAAUAUACGAACUGACAUUCUUGAAGAAAUGUCAUCAUGUCAAUUGUAAAUCAGUUGUGAUGUUGCUGAAUAAGAUGAUCCAUUUGUCAGCAUAAUUUUUUUAUUAUUUUACCCUUGAGUCUCACAUGUCGAACUGACCACUAGAUUUUAAUUCAAAUUCAAAUUCAAAUUCAAAGUUUAUUCUCUAUAAGGAUUACAAUGCUGAGUUUACAGAAAUUUGGUUAUUGUGUGGUUUACAUGUAGUAAAAUUGUGGUUGUUAGUGAAUAUAACGAAAUAAUGUGCUUCUACAUCGAAUUUUUUUGGAAUUUUCUUAAACUGUGGAAGUACUCAGGAGAAAACCAAGACUAUAAUGUAUACAGUGACAUGUGUAUGUCUGUGUAUGUACACCGAGAGGUGUAUAUUUGUGUGUAUAUUGGUCAGAAAAGUUUAGGUGUGGAAGUAUUUUUACCCGUUAUUGUACAGCUGUGAUUCAACCUUAUUGACCUUCGUGGAGUCGACAGUCUUGAAACCUAACAAACCAUUAAGUGGAAGAUGGAAAAAUAGUUAUAUUUUAUACCCGGAAGCUGGUAUCCCAGGCACUGUGAAGGUGCUGGCACUGUGAAGGUGCUGGCACUGUGAGGGUGCUGGCACUGUGAGGGUGCUGGCACUGUGAAGGUGGUGCUGACACUGUGAAGGUGCUGGCACUGUGAGGGUGCUGGCACUGUGAAGGUGCUGGCACUGUGAGGGCGCUGGCACUGUAAAGGUGCUGGCACUGUGAAAGUGCUGACACUGUUAAGGUGCUGGCACUGUAAAGGUGCUGGCACUGCGAAGGUGCUGGCACUGUGAAGGUGCUGGCACUAUGAAGGUGCUGACACUGUGAAGGUGCUGGCACUGUGAAGGCGCUGACACUGUGAAUGUGUUGGCACUGUGAAGGUGCUGGCACUGUGAAGGUGCUGGCACUGUGGAGGUGGUGCUGGCACUGUGAAGGUGCUGGCACUGUGGAGGUGGUGCUGACACUGUAAGGUAAGCGUGCAUUUUCUUAUUACAUUCGUCAGUGAAAAACAACUGGCACGGUGCGUGUGUUUUACCUGGAGUUUACCUGGAGAGAGUUCCGGGGGUCAACGUGGUUGGCUGUGUGUUGUAGACGCGGGAAUCUAUACCACAUGCUUACUUACUUACAUGCAUGUGGUGUUAUAGGCGAGGUGUUAUAGCCGAGGUGUCUAGUAAGACACAUGAUAUGUGGUAACGCUGUCACCACAACGUAUCAGUCAGGUCGACGUGACCUGGUGUAGGUGCUGACCUGGCUCAUCUUGCAGGUUCCCUAGUCAUUAGGGAAAAAAAAGGACUGAAUUCUAACCUAAUUAUCCGUGCCCAGUAACGAAAACAGCUUUGUGGCAACUACUGAGCUGGUAACAUAAAAAAAAUUUUUUAAGGAAACAGGACAUAGCAGUGUUAGUGUUGUCAUGAACUAUUUCUUGUUUUUCGAUGGUACAAAAGAGAAAAGAUAAGAAUGAUGUGGACACCCAGGGGACGAUGCAGCCUUGUUUUAGAUGUACAGACAUAUGGUGGUAGUGUUUAAUAAGGAGAAAACCAUGAACCCCGAGUGCUUGUGGAGCUGAGAAUUACCUUCGUCUCCACACCUCUCUGUCAACAGGAUAUAAAAUGAUUAAUCUAUAGAUUAUUUACUAAUUCACGCAUUCUUAUUUUUGCACUUGGUUUUUUUGACAUCUUUAACGUGUUAGUCAAACAUAUUUACGAGUUUUUCUUUUGUUUUGGUGAUGAUUUUGGGUGUAAUAAUAUAAGCAACACUAAUGUUGCACUACAGAACACAAGAUCACAACUUGGAAAUUAUUGUCAUGUUGAAAAUCCAGGCUGGACCGACAUGGUGUCCGGUGUUUGUGACUUUCUAAUUAUCCUGAAGUCUAUUUAUUCCGUCAGCUUCUACAUGUUUAAAAUUUUAAGUCAUAUGCGUACCGCUGCAUUUUAUAAAUCACUUACAAUUGAAGGUUAGGAGGACGAAAUGACAAAAUUUGAAAUCAAUCAGAAGAGCAUGUGAUUCAAUUUUAUGAAAAACACCAGUAAUUCUUAAUGUUAAACUACUUACUCUUGCUGGUCAAUAACUAUUAGCCAUGUUUUAAUGUAGAGUGGCAUAAAUCAUCCCCAGACUGAGUUAAUGGCGUGUUUGAGUCCUUCCAACGAGGAUUUAAACCAAAUUGCUUAAGGGACUUUCUUGGCAUAAUUGUAGGACUAAGCAUUGUGAUGUUAAAAGUAUAUUAUGACAAUGGUCCUUUAAAUAAUGUGUAUUGUUGAGCUUAUUAGCCGCACUACUAUGUACAUAUUAAUAAACUUUUUUUGAUAAA